UUAGAACCUGUGACAACACCAGAGCCAACGAGACCUGCAUUAGAUUGUCACGACAAGGCAGAUCUCGUUUUUCUGCUGGAUGCAUCAGGAUCAGUUGGAAUCAAUAAUUUCAACAAAGAAAAGAAUUUCAUCUCCAAUUCAUUAUCUCGAUUUGUCAUAGGUCCUAACGAUACUCAAGUCAGUGUUGUAACGUUUUCUAAUCAACCUGUCAGUCAAUUCAAUUUGAGCGAAUACCAAGACCGAGAAUCGAUAGUAAACGAGACCAAUUCAAUUGCCUAUCAAGCGGGUGGUACUUACACCAGUUCAGCCUUGGCGUUUACUAGAGACUAUAGUUUUACAGCAGCAUCAGGCGACAGACCAGAUGCUAAGAAUUUUCUGAUUGUUAUAACUGAUGGAAAGGCAACAGAUCCUUCGCAGACAUUAGUUGAAGCAGCUAAAUUAAAGCAGGACCAAAUAGUAAUAAUUGGGGUAGGAAUAGGUAGUGGAGUUGAUACAACUGAACUCUCUGCGAUUGCAAGUGGCUCACAAUAUGUUUUGCAUGUGGAUGAUUUCAACUCACUUACCAAAUUUUUUGGUGACAUUCAUCAACUUUCAUGCAUCGCUCAUCAAACUACCCCACCUCCAACAACACCAGAACUGACAACUGGAACCACCCCAGAACCGACAACUGCUGAACCAACUACAAUAGGUUCUACUCCAGAACCUACCACUAGCGAACCAACCACAUCUAUUUAGGCACUGGAUCUUCAUUAACAGGAACACCUUGACCGGGACCAGCGAUGUAGAUGAUUUUCAUUUUUAGACACUUCAACGACUUCCAAUUUCUUUAAUACAUGUCGUACAUCUUUCAUUGCAUGAGUAAUAAAUUU